CGUCGCAACGCUUCCGUCCUCGUUCCCAACCAGAUGCGGAGCCUGUUCGGUGCCAAACUGAGAGUUCUGGUGGAAUAGUUCAUUCGGCUCGCUUCUUUUCGCUUAUCUGACCAGUACAUGGUGAGUAACAGAGCCUCGAACAUCUCGCUUCUGCGUUUACCCCGAUCCUCUCUCCCCUUCCCGAGUCACCUCCUCCCCCUCACUUUGGCUGUUCCCUCGGGUGAAUACUGGUUUUCGACUCCCUGGAUUCGUUGGAAAAGAUUUUUUUUUUUCUUGCGUGUCAGGUUUGGCCGGAUGCUGCAAAUGGAGGAUGCCGUCUCGUUUUGCGCCCUGCUGGUUUCGUGUUUCGCGGCAUCGGCGAGGAUUCGCACGGUCGCGUUCCAAAUCACCCUAGAUUGAAUGCAUGUGAAUGGGCACCAUGGUCUUAGAUGGAGCGGAUUGUGAGUUUUUCAAAAGGAGAGUUUCUGUUUGAGGAGAGAAUGGUGACGGUGGGAUAUGGUUAAUGCGCCUGCCAUGGAGCGCAUCCGAUGGAACCUUUGACUGGACACGAUUUACAACUCCACGCCAUUCUUGAAUGUGCAACCGGAGGAAAUCGAUACUGGAUGCACUUGUUCAUCGAGAUUUAUUAUCUACGCGAGAUUCCAUAUCUAUUUGCCCGGGGGUUUCUGGCUAUUGGGGGUUGCUUGGUGUUGGAACCUUCUCACUAACUGCCUUUUUUUUUUUUUUUUUUUUCCUUUUU